ACUGAUUGAACGUGCCCACGAUGUCGGUUACACCCUGCACGCGGUAUCCUCGGUUCAGCGUCGAUCAUACGCACGCCGUCGCGGUUGCAGAACGGACGCGCAAGACUCAUACCGCACCGUAUUUAUCGCAGACCGACAAGUCGCAAUCAUGUUGGCCAUCUACGCGCAGCUGUCCGUCGUCUGUUGGUCGCUGUCCGUCACCACCUGUACCGAAUCCACCGUCGCGGACGACACUGGACACCCGCGGGAAAUUCCUUUAAAUGUCAUAAUGGAAUUGAACCAAGUGCAAAAUUUUUCAGAACUAUUUACUAAAUUCAUGCCAGAUACAAAUAUGAAUGAUGCUCAAAAACUUUUCGCCACGACAGGUUUCCAAAAUCGUAAUGCACUGGACUCAGAAAUAAAAGCAACGUUGAUACCUAAAGCCGCAAGCUGUUCUGUUGAACUUCAAAUGAUCAGCCUCAAAGAUAUUGACGAUCAAAGUUUAUAUUACUAUCCAAUGUGCACCCGAGUGAACCGAUGUGGAGGUUGCUGCGGCCACGAUUUAUUGGCAUGUCGACCCACCAAAAUUGAAACCCUCAACUUCGAAGUAAUUGUCUUACAAUACAACGGAUUGAGGAAAUUAGAAUUUAAAGGUCGAAAAUCGGUGUCAGUAGACCAACAUUUGAUGUGCCAGUGCGGUUGUGUCAUUGAAGAAGAAAAUUGCGCACCCUUACAAGUAUAUAAUCCCGACGAAUGUUUUUGUAUGUGUACAAAUGAAGAAGAUCGCCAAGAGUGUAAUGAUGAGUAUGGGUUAAGACUGUGGAAUUCAACAACUUGCACAUGCCUGAGUGUAACUCAGGAAUGUAUUUCAGGAUUUGACAGUUACACUUGAAGUUAAAUUUACAACUUUCAAAUUAUCUGUUUAAGGCUUAAUUAAAACGUUGCAAAGUAUAUAUUUCAGUUGUAAAGCUUAAUAUAGAUAAACACAAGCAAUUUAUUACGCAGAGAAUAAAUUUAACAAAACCUCAUCGUACUCAUCAUGUGGAACGUGAACUAAGAUAAGGUCACUGAAAAAUUUAAAUAAUAAUUAUAUACAUGUGAUAGAGAUCUGAUAUAUCUUUUAUAAUUUUAAAUUUACCAAACCUAUAUUAUACACACUACCUAUAUUAUUGUAUUCAUAGGAACUAGACAUUGUAACGGUACAAAUUAUGUUCGUUAUAGAUAAAAAUGUGAGAUCAGUAAAUGUACGCACAUUUUAUACUGUUCAUAAAAUUGAGUGUCCCCUCAUUUUUAAUGUUUUUACUAGUGUAAUAACUUUUAUUUAGGUAGCCAGAGUAGCAUGUACGACUAUAAGUGAAGACACUGUAUUUUAGUGUAUAAUCGUAUAAUAGCCUUAAAUUAAUACUAUUCCUAUUAUAGUGAAGAUAGGUUGUUAGAUAGUAAAAAUGGAAAAAAAUAUUCAUCCUACAUCUACGCACUUCAUAAAAAAGUUUUGAGAAGGUAAGGAAUUGGGCACGUAAGCUUUAUUUGAAAAUUGAAUAAAAAUUACACAUACAAAUCUUUUUUUUACACAUUUUACCAAUUUACCAAAUCGUACGUAAAUUUACCAAAAAAAUGUUUACCAGUAUAUUUCACACCUCUUGUUAUAAGUACCUAGUACCUACUAUAACGUUUAAAAAAUUAAAAUAUUAUAGCUGUAACCCAAAUUUCCUUCGGGAAACAAACAUCAACAAACUCAACGCACUCUAAAAUCGUACAGUACCAAUAUUAUCGUUAUUAUAGUGUAUUCAAUACUGUUCUAUCUCGAUUUUAUUUUUUGUCAGUUUAUAGAAAAUAGAGUCGUAAUUUAUUAAGGGGUUAUGUAUAGACAAUUUUGUGACAUGUGUGCACUACGUAUUGUGUGUGUGCGUGUGUAUGGGAGAAGUUAUGGUUAUUGAUUAGUGAGAAGUUACGUUUGAAUCCAGUUAAAUUGCGUCGGACGCAUAGUCGCAAAUAGCGUUUGUGAUUUGGGGGAGGGGGGUGAGCUAAAGCCUUACUUUGAUAAUAUUGAAUAAGCUUAAAACAAAUGUAGGAAAUGUUUGGGGGCUAUGGAAAUUGUUGAGGGGCUUAGUCCUUAAAGCCCCCCCCCCAAUUUGCGCCUAUGGUCGGACGCGAUUGGAUCUUUAACUGCAUCUCAUGAAUGAAUGUAUGAUAUGUUAGUAUAAUAUUGUGUAACGUUCUAACAUUAGCAUUGUAAAAAAAGUUGAAUAUUGACGUAUUGUAUAAAGCCAGGACACGCAUUAGGGAUUUACUAGCAUUGGUAUUUUUUUCAUAAAUGUCGAUAACAAUAAUAUACUAGACUAUAGAUACUAGAGUAAAUCGAACAUUUUGUUUUGUGACAAAAAUAAUCAAAACUCUUAUCGUACGUAAUAUUUAUAAGUAGUUAAAUGUCAAUAUUAACCACAAUAAAGGUCUUAUGUUCUAAUA